GGAAUGAUGAUCGUCGCGUAGAAUAACAGGCUGCGGAAGUGGCGCGUGAUCACCGCCCUGUUCAGAUCUUUGCAAGCAUGAAAACAAUAAUCCGAGUCAAAUAAGGUGGGGAAUGACUACGACAUGCGUCGAACCCGCACAGCUGCAUCGAACCGAUUACUUCUGUUGGACUGGUGUUUCGCACAGGGAAUCGAUCGUCACCCACGCAAACGGACCUUCCGCUGCUGCAUCUUUGUCCCACCUUCCCAACUGCCACUGCCAUCGUAUGGGCAGAGAUCUGGCAGGCAGUCAAGACUUAUUUACCAAAAGUACAUCAUGUACCGCUCAUCGGCCAGGACUUUUACCCCCAUAUUGCUUCAUCGCUCGCGGCUGCAUGUGGAACAUUCACGUCUGCUAAGCUCGUUCGUCCGUCGGCCGUGUAUACGGAACCCGUGCGAUUUGGUGUCUCAUUUAGCGUAAUUACCCUGCAGGGCACACCUCUGAUAGUGAACCUUAUCUCAACCAGCCAGGGCGUACCGCCCGAGACGGGUCAAGUACUAGACUGGUGGCUCGUACAUGCUGCCGCGA